AUGGCCUCCCAAAUCGCUCUUUCUUCCGAGCACACUGGCAUCCUACGCGACGCUGAUGUCUCGCCAGAUGCUCUGAAUGAAGCAAACCACCUUCUGCAAGUCAACCAUGAUAACUGGCAUAUCUUUUUCCGGGACGUGACUGGUCACAACCACACCGCGCACAGCAUUCUGACGUGUUUGGCCCUGGGUGCCGACUCGAGCGAUCUCCAGAGGGCAUACGAUGAUACAGUGGAUAUUCAACGAACAAAACCAGAGAUCAACGCAAAGGUUCUGCAGCAGCUCAACAAAGAUGUAGAAAACCUGAGCGAAUUAUUGGGCACCUGCGAUUUAUAUUCAACCUUUCUAGCUUUCUUUGAAGGCGAAAUCAACAAGCACGGAUGGAAACAAGUGGUCAACCGCUUUGUCUUCUCGCGCACCCCACUGGCUGAGAAGAUGCUGAUUAAGAUGUACGAGGGCAUGUAUCAUUCUCUCAUCCACCUGGGACUAGGCGUCGAGUGGGGGCAGCCUGGAAUCGUCGCCGAAGCCCUUGCACAAGCUGCAACCCACGAGGAUGGCCAUAUCGGCGCACUCCUUUUUAGCAGCGAGAUUCUGGCCAACGGCCAACCUCAUCCAGAACAGUCGCCAUCGCUCUUGGAGCUAUCUCAACAGGUCCAGAACAACAAGGCCAUCUUCACAGCCCCUAAGUGGGAAGACCGUUGGAACAGAAUGAGGAACGGCGUCAUGGACAAUGCCGCAAGCGAACUCGCGCCUAUCGCAUCCCAAUUUCGCAUCCGCCCGGUAGACCUGGAGCGUCGCACCGCGGAGAUGAUCAGUUUUUCAGCUUACGUUGCCGGAGCCAGUCAGCGUCCCGCUAGGAAGCGCAAGAUCGACUUCUUCCUCAUGCAUGUAGUCACUGGCUCCAUCUUCUUCAGCAUCUUCAACAAACAGGAUUGGAUCUCGAUGGAAGACCGUCUGCGAUUAGUAGAGUGGAAAGGACGACUGGACCUGGCCUUUUACGCAUUUUGUCGCUGUCCCGACCUCUAUAGCGAGGCAAUUAUAGAGUACUACGACGAAUUCACCAAGGAUAUGGACUGGAAGCAGCUCUAUGCUGCGGUGACCAAGGAGCACGACGACGGGCACGUGGCCAAGUUCAUACGGGCGUUGAGGAACGGGGAAGAGUCUGCCAAAGCCUAUGAGGGGGGUGCAUGGAGUGCUAACUUUCCAGUCAAGGGGGACAUGUGGUUGAAGUUGGCGCGCAUGUCCCUCGGAUCUACGCGGGGAAUGACUGCAGAGCUGAAAUGGAUCAUGGGCACGGGGUUCGACGAAGCUUGGAAUAGACCUGACCUGAAGUAA